AGAUAGCGGGGAAAGCACAGACGAAUUAUACUUAUUGUCACUUGUUUUCAACAAAAGCCUUUGCGUCAUAUAGCGUUCUGUUUGCAUAUAGUUUAAUGAUUACAAGUAUCAUUUCGUACGGACUCGUCUUCAAUAUGGAAAAACUUUCUGGCUCCAUAUUUUUGAAUACGAUCAUUGUUGGCUCAUUACGUUAUGCGAUCAAUUUAGUCUGCGCUGUUAUUGAUAUUAAAUUUUUGUGGGCCGGCCGACGCCUUCUCCAUGGAUUCUCAAUGUUUUUCAUUGCUUUCAGUCUUGGCUUCGUCUUCAUUAUCACUGUCUUCGGUUUUAAUUGGCAGGCACUUGUUCGUAUUACGGCGUUGUCAGCGGCAGCAAUGUGUAGCCAAAUUUACAUUUUGAACGCUGUUACACCAUCGGAACUCUUCCCAACGGCUAUACGUAAUAAGGAAAUUGGUUUUGUCCAGACAUUCAAUCGUAUUGGCAACAUCAUCGCACCGCAAAUUUUCGUUAUUGGUGAAUUAUGGGCUCCACUUCCAUAUCUUACCAUGUGUCUCUUUGCCCUUAUCGAAGUAACUGGAUUUUUGUGGAUCGUCCCGGAAACCAAAGGAAAGCCAAUGCCUGAUCGCAUGCCUGGUGAAAUCGCUGAUGAAAAAAUCAUGGUCAAAGUGGACAAAAAUAACGAUGAAAAUUUGCCACUUAGAGAAGGCAAAGAGUGA